GACAUUAUUUUACUACGGAGUACUGUGUUGGUAUUAUCUAAAAACACGUGCAAACUGCAAAUAUGUCGUUUUGAGAUUCGACAUAAAUUGAUAUUUGUUAAAGUUUAAUUUUCUAUUUAGAUAGAAUAUAUUAUAUAUUGAUUACUUUAUAUUAUGAAUUAAAAUAUAAAUUAUUUCAAGAUGCCAGACAUGAAAUAUAUUUUAGUGACUGGAGGUGUGAUCAGUGGCGUGGGAAAAGGUGUCAUUGCUAGUUCUUUUGGCACGAUUCUAAAAAGCUGUGGUAUUGAUGUUACAUCAAUAAAAAUCGAUCCCUACAUAAAUAUUGAUGCUGGAACUUUCUCUCCAUACGAACAUGGCGAAGUUUACGUUCUUGACGACGGCGGGGAAGUUGACCUUGAUCUUGGAAACUAUGAGCGCUUCUUGGAUAUAACUCUGCAUAGAGAUAAUAAUAUAACAACUGGUAAAAUAUAUCAGCAAGUGAUUGAACGUGAACGUCGGGGUGACUAUCUUGGUAAAACUGUCCAAGUUAUCCCACACAUAACUGAUGCUGUACAGGAAUGGGUUCAGAGAGUUGCUCGCAUACCAGUGACUGCUGACAACACACCACCAAGAGUAUGCAUAGUAGAGUUGGGUGGAACUAUUGGUGACAUUGAAGGCAUGUCCUUUGUAGAAGCAUUCCGACAGUUUCAAUUUAGAGUUAAAAGAGAAAAUUUUUGCUGUGCUCAUGUGUCAUUAGUUCCAAUGCCAAAAGCUACAGGUGAACCUAAGACAAAGCCUACACAGUCAUCAGUUAGAGAAUUGCGUGGUCUUGGGCUCUCACCCGAUUUAAUACUGUGCCGCUCUGAGAAACCUAUUAACCACAAUGUAAAAGAAAAGAUUUCAAACUUCUGCCAUGUAGCUCCAGAACAAGUUAUAUGUAUUCAUGACUUAAGCUCCGUAUAUCAUGUACCCAUGUUGAUGGAAGCUCAAGGAGUAGUACAAUAUUUAAAUGAGAGACUUCAAUUAAAUAUAUCUAUGCCCCGCCCAGGCAGUUUUAUGAAAAAAUGGCGCAAUUUAGCCAAACGAGUAGAAAACCUUCGUAGAGAAGUGAAUAUUUCUCUGGUUGGUAAAUACACAAAAUUGGAAGACAGCUAUGCAAGUGUUACUAAGGCAUUACAGCACGCUUGUAUAACAGCUGGCUGUAAACUCAAUUUGACAUACAUUGAGGCAGUAAAUCUUGAAAAACAGAGUAAAAUUGAUGAUCCUGUUGGCUAUCAUAAAGCAUGGCAGGAUCUUUGUAAGAGUGAUGGUGUUAUAGUACCAGGAGGUUUUGGGCAAAGAGGACUGGAAGGAAAGAUUGAAGCUUGUAAUUGGUGUAGAGAAACACAAAAGCCAAUGCUUGGUAUUUGUUUAGGUCUACAGGCAGCGGUUAUAGAAUUUUCGAGGAAUGUAUUAGGACUUUCUGGAGCAAAUAGUACAGAAGUUGACCCAAACUGUGCAGAUAAAUUAGUUAUAGACAUGCCAGAACAUCAUCCAGGAAAACUGGGUGGCACCAUGAGAUUGGGGAAAAGGAAAACUAUUUUGGAACCGAGUAUUGUAGCUUCAUUGUACAAGAAGGAUGAAAUAGAAGAGCGUCACAGACACAGAUACGAAGUGAACCCGGAAUAUAUAGAUAGGUUGGAGGCAGCUGGUCUGCGGUUUGUUGGCAAAGAUGAGACCAAGACUCGUAUGGAAGUGGCUAUAGUAGAAACACACCCAUUCUAUGUAACUGUGCAGUUCCACCCUGAAUACCUCUCAAGGCCAUUGUCACCCAGCCCACCUUUCUUAGGACUCAUCUUAGCAGCAACGGGUAAACUAAAGAGCUACUUAUCAAAAGGAUGUAGAUUUAGCCCAAGAAGUCAAUCUGAUGUUAGUUCUGAUGAAGGCGACUUAGAUGAAGAAAUAUCGUUUGGUACACUAAACAUUAGUAACCACAAAAAUGGGAUUAUUGAGCCGGAGGUGAAUGGUAUACAUUAAGUAUAAUUUUAAGUUCAAAUAUUAACUUGCUUAUGUGCAUAUAAUAAGAUUAUUUCUGACCUUAAUUGCUGAAAUACCUAAAAUUAUAUAAAAAAAUAUUAUAGUUCUUCUCUCUUUUCAACAUACCAGUUCUAUAUUAAUAUAGUAAUUCCUUGAAUUGUAAUAAAACAGUGCAAAUGUAACAUACCAGUGAUAUUUUCACCGACUUAGUGGAUUAUCAAUUUGAUGAGUAUUUUUUUUCAGUUCAAUUUCAGGUUUGUCAAAACAAACUCAAAACACAAAUAUUGUGAUUCUGUUUUUUUAUUAUUGCUAAGUAAUAUUAAUGUGGUUAUCAAACUUAUGUAAUGAUUAAAAGAAUUCAUCCUUUAUGUCAAGUUUUUGUAUAGCACACAAUAUGCUUAUGCUAGUUAAUAGCAUGAAUUAAGCGGUGAACGAUUUUCAUACAUUUCACGUAAAUAUCUACACAAAUACUAUUCGAAUCCGAGAAUCGGGCGUUUUACUGUUCUACAUAUACCCACCGCAGUGCUCGUAAACGUAUAUAGAAUGCUUUCAGUAAAGAGCACCAUUGUUGGCGAAAGGCAAAAUAACAUGUAAAACAUGGAAUUUGAACUAUAAUAUUGGAAUUAUUAACAUAUAGACGAUAUAUGUCAAAAGUUUUUGAAAACUAUAUUUAUGUAUAUAAAUAUAAUUGAUGUUAUACCAUGGGAUUGGUUAGUGAAAAUUAUUUUAUCAUCUGUAGUUUGUAAGAUAAAGUGAUAUGAUAAUUCAUACCAUUAUACAAAAUUAUCAGAAUCUCCUAUUCGGUAUUGCCAAUAAUAAUUUUUUUUGACAUUUAAUUGUAUUUUUAUAAACACAUUUAAAACUUAAAUGGUGUAUUUUCAAAUGUAUUAUCCGUCUAGACAUCCAUAUAAAUCGUAAUGAUUACUAGAAAUUAUAUAAUCUUCUAGCGGAUCCGCAAGACUUCAUGAAUAAAAAUAAUACACACAUACUAACAACAUAUAGUUUUUAUCUGAACUUCAAAACUCCCGCGACACUAAAAUGCCUAUUAAUCGGAGUUUUGAGGACUUCAAUGUGAUUGAGUUAUAGUAUGUAACCUUUAAAAAUCUAUACUAAUAAUUAAAGUAGUAUGAUUGCUACUUUUUGUAAUUAUUAAAUCUUAUACUUAAUAGUGGUACAAGUAGCGGCACGAAACUCUAGCGCUGACCGUUAUUGCGCAGAAGAAAAAAAUAAGGUACUUGAGGGGGGCUAGUGGAAUGAAGAGCGUCGAUUGGAUCUUCAGUCGCAUUCCGGCCCCCGCACCACAGUACACAUGGGAAGUAAUCACCUCCACGUAUCGGCCAGCGCUAGACUUACGUGCCUAUAAUAGUAACAACACUUUCAAACUCUUAAUACAUUGCCUGCUCUGUUUGAAACUG